AUAUAUAUAAAGAGCAUGGACACACAGGAGACACGACCUCAACGUUUCAGACCCACUUCGUCUCCUUCCUUUCACAACAUAACUCCCUCUCUUUCUCUAAUGGAGACAUCAGCGACGAAGCUCGACCUCGACCAAAUCAGAGCUCUUAAACUUCUCGGCAAAGGCGCCACCGGAACCGUUUUCCUCGUCCACGACUCUGUUUCCGACUCCUCUGCUUCUUCUCCCUUCGCUCUGAAGCUCGUCGACAAAGCCUCCGCCUCUUCUCUCCGCCGUGCCAAAUGGGAAACUCAGAUUCUCCGACGUCUCUCCGAUGAACCGAACCCGUUUCUCCCGCGUCUCUUAGCUACCUCGGAGUCCUCUGAGUUCUUUGCUUGGGCCAUACCUUACUGCUCCGGAGGUGACCUUAACGUCCUCCGUCACCGUCAAAACGACGGCGUUUUCAGCUCAUCUGUUAUUAAAUUCUACUUGGCUGAGAUCCUCUGUGCGCUUGACCACCUUCAUUCCAUGGGGAUCGCUUACAGAGACUUGAAACCUGAGAACAUCCUCCUUCAGGAAUCAGGUCACGUGACUUUAACUGACUUCGACCUCUCUUGUAGCCUAAAUAAACCCACCCGACCCGAAUUUUAUCUAUCCGACCCGGAACCGGAUCCGAAUCGUAAAAGAAAUCUGAGAUUUUUCCGGCAGAAGAAGAAGACGAAAUCCGCUCGGGUCAACCCGAUAACCCGACGGAGAAUGAGUUUUUCCGGCGGCGAACGGUCGAACUCCUUCGUCGGAACCGACGAGUACAUAUCCCCGGAGGUAAUCCGCGGCGACGGACACGAUUUCGCCGUCGAUUGGUGGGCGCUCGGCGUCCUGACGUACGAGAUGAUGUACGGAGCGACGCCGUUCAAGGGACGAAGCAAGAAGGAGACUUUUCGUAACGUGUUGAUGAAGGAACCCGAGUUCCCCGGAAAACCGUCGGAUCUAACGGAUUUGAUCCGACGACUGCUUGUGAAAGAUCCGACUAGGCGGUUAGGUUUCCGGCGCGGCGCGGCGGAGAUAAAGGAGCACGCUUUCUUCAGGGGAGUGAAAUGGGAGAUUUUAACGGAGGUGUUAAGGCCUCCGUUUAUUCCGUUGAGAGAUGACGGUGAAUCGACGGAAAACGUAACGGCAAGUGGGUUUGGUAUAAAGGAAUAUUUCGAGAAACUGAGAACGCCGUUACCGCACGAGUGUCCUGAAAACAAUCCGUUUGUUGAUUUCUGAUCCACGCGUGGGAGAAUCUAACACUUUUAUUAAUACUAGAUUUUCCCUUUUUUUCUGCGUCUUUUAAGCUUUUCUGAUUUUGAUGUGUAUAAAAAAUAAUUGUUAGAACGAAAAUCAAGAAAGCGAAAUAUGAUUGUUUAUAAUUUGAAACUAAUAUUAUUACAAA